AUGUAUUCACAAGUGCAAGGUAUCACCAGGAAUCUAAUGUACGCGGCUUCCAGUGGACUCUCGUCGGCACAGACCUCCUCUCAUCAUGGUCCACAUAAAACCAUCCUUGUUAUUGAUGAUCAACAGAUUGACUGGUUAGUGAAUAGCUCUAAUCCUUAUGCUCUGAUAAAACAUCAACAUCUCCUCAAUCCCAUAUUCCCGAUACAAUUUCGCCACUCACAACUAUGA